GUGGAUGGAAUCGAAAGAGACCCGCAUGCAUGAGGCGCAGCUCCUGCACCUGACUGGAGCAGCUGAGUGCGUGGUCUCUGUGAAGAAUGACGCACACGUACAGAGGUUCAGGCAGAGCAGGCCUGUAUCAGGAUGAGGAGUUUAUGGACAUAUUGGAGGAGAGGAGGCGCACCAGUGACCUUGGCCAUGCCCUCAGGAGCUUUAAGCCCCUCCCCUACCUAGGAGCUCCGCCCUGCUCUGUGGCUGAACUCAACCAAGCAGUGCUGGACUCCCACUUUCUACGCCAUGUGGCCAGAGAGGUCGCCAUGGAGACAGGGUCGUCCGUGGAGGAGGUGAGAGAGGAGGCUUGUGGGAUUUUGGAGGAAAUGUCUCAAAAUUUGCAGCUGGGGUUCAUCAGGCUGAUGGGCUACGCCCUCACCAAGGUGUUAAAGAGACUCUUCACCAGCGUCUUCGUCAACAUGGAGGGCCUCAGCACGCUACAACAGGCCAUGCAGCAGACUCGUGUCAUCCUGAUGCCCAAUCACAGGAGCUACGUGGACUUCCUCGUUAUCUCCUACAUCAUGUUCACCUACGACCUCCCUGUACCUGUUAUUGCUGCAGGAAUUCCUCUCGCAGGGAUGAAGUUGAUCGGGGAGAUACUGCGUCGCUCUGGAGCGUUCUUCAUCCGACGUGCCAUCGGCUCUGACAAACUGUACUGGGCAGUGCUUUCAGAAUACGUGAAAACCAUUGUCAGGAAAGAAUUCGCUCCCAUGGAGUUUUAUGUGGAGGGUUUGAGGAGUCGCACGCUGAAGUCUGUGACGCCAAAGUUGGGGAUGAUGCACAUGGUGCUGGAGCCCUACUUUAAAGGUGAGGUCUUUGACAUCACACUGGUUCCGGUUAGCAUCAGCUACGACCGAGUGCUGGAGGAGUCGCUGCUUGCCCAUGAGUUACUGGGCGUCCCCAAGCCUAAAGAAAGCACCACGGGUCUGCUGAAGGCCAGCAAACUGCUUCAGGACAAUUAUGGUUCCAUGCAUGUGAACUUUGGCCAGCCUGUGUCAGUCAGACAGCUAUGUGAGGGCAAGAUAAACCGCUGCCAGUACAACCUCAUCCCCAGAGAUCUCCCUCAAAAGCCCACUCCAGAGGCUCAGGCCUGUGUGAGUUGGCUUGCUCAUCUCAUAGUGCGGAUCCAAGAAGAGGGCUCUGUGAUCAGCCCGUGGUCUCUGAUGGCGUGCCUGUUGCUCCAGGCUCCCGUUGCGGUCUUGACAGAGGAUGGGCUGCCAUGGCAACAGCUCACAGAGAGAACCCUCUGGCUUAAGAGGCUGGCGCUGGACUUUGGGGGACAUUUGAAGUGGCCUGGACAAGUCUCUGACUCAGACGUGAUGUCAUCCAGUGCGGCCAUCCAUCACUCCGUCGUUCAUCAGAAAGCCGGACGUGUCUACCUGGUUCAGGAAGAAGAGCCGGAGAGAAGACGUGCAGUCAGCGCAGAGCAAUCUGUGAUGAGGACAGGGACAUCAGUGCUGAUGUUGGCCUCGUACAGGAACCAAUCUCUUCAUGUUUUUGUGCGUCCUGCUCUGCUCACCACGGCCUUGGACGUCACAAAUAGCACACACAAAGACGAGCUCUUCGCCUUCUUCUCCUUCCUACAAGACCUCUUCUCCUCCGAGUUCAUCUUCAUCCCUGGCAAAUUGUCCGAGGACUUUGAGGAGGCGUGCUCUCUCUUGAAGAAAUGUGGUGCGGUCCACAUCGACCAACAGGAAGUGACCCUUUCCCAUAUGGGACGCGAGACGCUGUCCUUCCUGAAGGCUCUAAUACAACCCUUCAUAGACUCCUAUCAGAUGAUGUUCAGGUACUUUUGUGAACAAGGAGCUCAGGUGAUCACAGAGAAACAGUUCCUACCUGCUGUGAGAACCCUGGCUACAAAGCUCCUUCUCUCAGGUGAGCUUCACACCUAUGAAGCCCUUUCAUCGGACACGCAGAAAAACGUUUUGUCGGCUCUGCAGAGACUGGAGGCUGUGACAAAGAUGAGGUCCAUGCAGUGUGAGUACAAAGUGAACAAACCUGCUGUGAGAAGAAUUGCUGAUAUACUUUCUGGGAAAAUCCCUGUCCAGAUGCUUCGGACUCCACCUGAUGCCAGACUUUAGUCUCCACUGGAACGGAUCCAACUUCACAAUCGGCCCACAGUCCUGUUUACCCACACUUGACCUUUUCCUCUAUUCCCUCUGUGCAUGUUCUUUCUUCCUCCUCCUCCUCCUCUUUACGCUGUGCCUUUAUAUGCAGCCAUGAGUAGUAGAUCCACACCUGAUCUCUGACUUUAUCCUGAACCUGGCUGCUUUCCCCUCUCACAUAUUCAGUACUUCCAGCUCUCAGAAACCCGAAUCAUGUCAGGAUAACUGAAAAUUAUAUUUUUUAAAUCACAAUUAGUUAUUCAGGAAAGAAAGUUGAUAAACAAAGAUGUUUAACUGUGCUUCUCUGUAGGACUGAAGCAUUGCUGUGAUUAUGAUACUAAACUAUACAUUUUAAUAAAUAACUUAAUGUGAUUGUUCCGGUUUUUGAGGUCUGGGUGUAAAAGGCUCUUAUGCGGAGUCAAGUGGGUUACAUACAUACGACAGUGUUCACUGUCAGACAGGGAUUUGAGGACUUGAGACUACUGUUGAUAAAAGACUCGACUUAACUUAGACUUGUAUAAAACGACUCGAAAUGA